GCUCGCUCGGUGCUCGGUCCUCCCAUCCAUCCAGCCUACUCGCUCGCGGCUAGCGCCCAGCAUGCCCGCGCGGGGCGGCCCACACAAAAACCAACGCGCACGCGCUUGAUCCAAGCCGAGCCUAGCCGAGCGAGCACCCGUUACCACGUCUCGGGCUCCCCGCCUCCCCCUGCUUCGUCUCGGUCUCUGAUCCCCCUCCACCACACCUCCGCAUCGACGACGACUCCUUCGGACCUUCCCCGUCCGCUUGACAGCUCAUCGGCGUUCUCCACCGUCGCUGCGUCACUCGAGUACGGCGGCAGCAAUUCCCCGAUUGACUGAGGAGACAUGAACGGAAGCGUGGAGCCGGAGAGCCCGCCAGACAGCCCCUCGAUGGACACCGGUGUCGGCAAGCCGCCGCGCCACCACCUCACCUCGAUCCGCCAUUGUGCCAGCAGCGCGCGCAUCGCCGCCGCCGCGGCGUCCGACUACGGCUUGGAUUUGGGGACAUUGAGCUUGAUCUCGCCCACGGACGUGCGGCCUCGGUUCUUGCCCGUGUUCCGAUCCGGGAGCUGCGCCGAGAUCGGUCCCAAGUCGUACAUGGAGGACGAACAUGUGUGUGUGGACAACCUCAUCGAGCACCUCGGGGGGCGCGCCGCCGGCAUCCCUGCCCCGGGCGCCUUCUACGGGGUAUUUGAUGGUCAUGGCGGUACUGAUGCAGCAUGUUUUGUUCAAAAGAACAUACUCAAAUUCAUUAUUGAAGAUGUACAUUUCCCUAGCAACAUUGAGAAGGCAAUUAGAGGUGCAUUUGUGAAGGCUGAUCAUGCACUAGCAGAUUCCCAUUCCCUUGAUAGCAGUUCUGGAACCACUGCAUUGACGGCCCUUAUAUUUGGCAGGACACUGUUUGUUGCGAAUGCAGGUGAUUGUCGAGCUGUUUUAGGAAAAAGAGGUCGAGCAGUGGAACUGUCAAGAGAUCACAAACCCAACUGCAAGAGUGAGAAGAUUAGAAUUGAAAAUCUUGGUGGCACUGUUUUUGAUGGCUAUCUUAACGGCCAGCUAGCAGUAGCAAGGGCACUUGGAGAUUGGCACAUGAAAGGCCCCAAAGGCUCAAUUAGCCCUCUAAGUGCGGAACCUGAGCUGCAGGAGAUUAUACUUACUGAGGAAGACGAGUUCUUAAUAAUAGGCUGUGAUGGCCUUUGGGAUGUGAUGACCAGUCAGUGCGCUGUGACAAUCGUAAGGAAAGAGCUGAUGUUACAUAACGAUCCAGAAAGGUGCUCGAGCGAGCUAGUCCAGGAAGCACUGAAACGGGACAGUUGUGAUAAUUUAACUGUUGUGGUUAUAUGUUUCUCAUCCAAUCCACCCCCUCAAAUUGAGAUCCCAAAAUCCCGAGUACGAAGAAGCAUUUCCUUGGAAGGGUUGCAUCUACUCAAGGGAGCUCUGGACAGUAACGCCUGAUCUCAAACCAUUCUUUUACUAGCUGUUUUUUAUUGCUUCAUCAAAUUUGCUCAAAUAAGCUAUCUAGAUUUACAAGAAAUUUUGUCGAGAGGCUGUAGGCUAAUUAGUUGAAAUGAGGUGAGGUUAUAAUUUAUUUGUAUCGGCAAACUAGCAUUUUAUUGUCAACAAUGUAACUGAGUAACUAUCAACAUUCCUUUUUCUGGUGCAAUAAAAGUUUCAGAGUUAUCUGGUUGAUCAGAUUCCCU